GAGAGCCGGACCGAGCCGGGACGGGGCCGGGGGUGGCGCGGAGGCGGGUACGCUGCAGAGUCCGACUGCUGGAGCAUCGCACCUGUGUGACCCCCUGAGCCGUCAAGAGACGGAGCCGCUUAUGAGGAGGUUCUGGCAGACGAAACAGUGCCUAGCAAAGACACCCAGGAGGAGGGAGAAAGAGAAAGGGGAAGGGCACCGAAGCUGAAACCCACCCUAGCCAGCCAUGAGAUCCAUCCGGUCCUUUGCAAAUGACGACCGGCACGUGAUGAUGAAGCACGCGAGCAUCUACCCGUCUCCCGAGGAACUCGAGGCCGUCCAGAACAUGGUCUCCACCGUCGAGUGUGCCCUGAAGCAGGUCUCCGACUGGAUGGACGAGGCGAAGCUGGCCAGGGCGGACGGCGGCCCGGAUGGCAGAGAGGAGCCGGCGGAGAGCAAGGACCAAGGUGGCCGGAUCUUGUGCGGAGUGAUGCGGAUCGGCUUGGUGGCCAAAGGCCUGCUGAUCAAGGAUGACAUGGACUUGGAACUGGUUCUGAUGUGCAAGGAGAAGCCCACGGAGACCUUAUUAUCGCUUGUCAAAGACAAUCUGCCCGUACAGAUCCAGAAACUCACAGAAGAGAAGUACCAUGUCGAACAUCACGUGGGCGAGGCAGCCAUCGUCAUCCGUAGCACGAACGAGCCCCCGCUUACGCUCAAGGUGACCCUCACCUCGCCCCUCAUCCGGGAUGAAGCAGAGAAGAAGGAUGGAGACAAUGUUCCAAUGAAAGAUCCGCCGGACUUGCUCGACAGGCAGAAAUGCCUCGGCGCUCUGGCGUCUCUGCGUCACGCCAAAUGGUUCCAGGCCAGAGCAAACGGGCUGAAGUCCUGUGUAGUUGUGCUGCGUAUUCUGCGAGACCUGUGCAACAGAGUCCCCACCUGGGCACCGCUGAAAGGCUGGCCCCUGGAGCUGAUCUGCGAGAAGGCGAUCGGCACCUGCAACCGGCCGCUGGGUGCCGGCGAGGCUCUGCGGCGUGUGAUGGAGUGCUUGGCCUCAGGAAUCCUCCUGCCGGGUGGGCCUGGAGUGCACGACCCCUGUGAGCGGGAGCCGACGGAUGCCUUGUCCAGUCUGACCGUUCAGCAACGAGAAGCCAUCACUCACAGUGCCCAGCAUGCGUUGAGGCUGUCGGCGUUUGGCCAAAUCUAUAAGGUGUUGGAAAUGGAUCCUCUCCCUUCCAAUAAGUCGUUCCAGAAAUAUCCGUGGUCCGGGACCGACAAAGAAGGUGCAGGCUCCUCUGCUUUGAAGAGGCCUUUUGAAGACGGGUUGGGGGACGAGAAGGAUCCCAAUAAGAAGAUGAAGCGUAACUUGAGGAAAAUCCUCGACAGCAAAGCAAUAGAUCUCAUGAACGCCUUAAUGCGUCUGAACCAGAUCCGGCCGGGCCUGCAGUACAAGCUGCUCUCUCAGUCGGGCCCCGUCCACGCCCCGGUUUUCACGAUGUCUGUGGAUGUGGACGGCACGACGUACGAAGCUUCCGGGCCUUCCAAGAAAACCGCCAAGCUUCAUGUCGCAGUCAAGGUUUUGCAAGCAAUGGGCUACCCCACUGGUUUUGAUGCAGACAUGGAAUGUACAAGCUCCGAUGAGAAAUCCGAUACGGAAGGCAAAAGCGAGACCGUGUCUUCCAGCGCAAGCAAUAAUUCUGGAAACUCUACAAUCGACACCUCCGCUACUUUGGAGGUGGGCUUCGCGGUGUCCCUC